AUGAAAUCCAUUCUUGAUGAACCAUUCAAGAAGACCAAGAAGAAAGGCAACAGUAAGACCUUCACCUUGAUCUCAUUGGUCUUACUUUCAUUAUUUGUUGUGCAAUCUUUUUCAAAUGUCAUUUCUGUCAAGUCCCACUUUCAUUUUAAUAAUCCUCAUAAAGAUAAGGUUAAUACCAAGGCAAAAAAGAAUGUCAUCAUGAUGGUAACCGAUGGAAUGGGUCCAGCUUCUUUAUCAUUAACUAGAUCUUUCAGACAGUUCACUGAUGAUUUACCUAUCAAUGAUAUCCUAACUAUUGAUAAGCAUUUAAUCGGUUCAUCUAGAACAAGAAGUUCAUCUUCUUUAGUCACCGAUUCUGCCGCUGGAGCCACUGCUUUUAGUUGUGGUUUGAAAUCUUAUAAUGGUGCUAUUGGAGUUGAUCCAAGUAAAUCUCCAUGUGGUACUAUUUUAGAAGGUUUGAAAUUACAAGGAUAUUUAACUGGUUUGGUUGUCACUACUAGAAUCACCGAUGCUACACCAGCUGCUUUUUCAAGUCAUGUCAAUUAUAGAUGGCAAGAGGAUUUAAUUGCCCAACAUCAAUUAGGUGAAUCACCCUUAGGUAGAGUGGUUGAUUUGAUCAUUGGUGGUGGUAGAACUCAUUUUUAUCCAAUUGCUGAAGGUGGUAGUAGAACUGAUGGUAGAAAUUUGAUCAAGGAAUAUUCCAAAACUUGGAAUUAUGUUGGUAAUAGACAAGAAUUUGAUGAAUUGAAUUCUGGUGAAAAUGUUACUUUACCAUUAUUAGGUUUAUUGGCAGAUUACGAUAUCCCAUAUGAUUUAGAUAGAGAUUCAAAGGAAUAUCCAUCGUUAGCUGAACAAACUAGAACCGCUUUAAGAGCAUUAUCAAAAGCUACUGAAGAUUCUGAUCAAGGAUUUUUUUUAUUAAUUGAAGGUUCAAGAAUUGAUCAUGCUGGACAUGCUAAUGAUCCAUCAGCUCAAGUCAGAGAAGUUUUAGCUUACGAUGAAGCUUUCAAGGAAGUUCUUGACUUCAUUGAUUCGUCUGAUGUUGAAACUGUUGCUAUCUCAACUUCUGAUCAUGAAACUGGAGGUUUAGUAACUGCUAGACAAAUCAAUUCUAAUUAUCCUGAUUAUUUAUGGUAUCCUGAAGUUUUAUUCAACAGUAAACAUUCAGGUGAAUAUUUAGCUCAUAAAAUAUUAACACAAAAAUCAAAUACUGAAAGUGUUGAAGAUUUCUUGGUUAAGGUCUUUGAAGAAGAUAUGGGUAUUAAGAAUUUCUCAAAAGAAGAAUUACAAUUGGUUAAAAACACUAAUGAUGCAAGUGAAUUGAUGUACAUUUUAAACAAUAUGAUUUCAAUUAGAUCACAAACUGGUUGGACCACUCAUGGUCAUUCAGCCGUUGAUGUCAAUAUCUAUGCCUACACCAACUCACCUUCAAUAAAAGAGAAGUUGUAUUCCCAUAAAGAAAAUGUUGGAUUAUUAGGAAACCAUGAAAAUAUUGAAAUUGGUAAGUUCAUGGCCAAUAUCACUGGUGUUGAUUUCGAAGAAAUUACCAAGAAAAUCAAAGGAAUUGAACAUAAUCCUUUAGAAGUUGAACAAUUUUCUAUCGAUAAUUAUCAUCCAUCUUUCAAUGAUAUCAAUUGA